CGAUGUUAGAGCUAGAUGACAUCAGAAGAUGCAGCUUGAUUCACGGUGCCUUGAAGCAGGUCGAAGAAGAGUAUAAUUUGAUGCCCUGUAGAAGAAUCGUAGGUAUAUUCAGUUUAAUUAUUUCUGCGCGAAACAGAUCAAGACACAACUUUUACACAUUGUCACCAUUUUGCCAUCAAGCCUGAUGUGCGACAAAAUGGCAGCUUGGAUGACGUAUAACGAGCAUGUUCUCGAGCAGGCCUGGGAGCUCGCCGCCACCAAAUUGAGCGACUUGAUAGCGGGAUACGAAAGUGGAGUAGAUCGUGUUCGGGUCAAACGAUUGAUUGAACGCCAGGAGGACUUUCCGACGUUUUAUUCGAGGUUCCUGCAGGAAGUGGAGCAACGUCUCGUUGACAGCACAAUUAAAGCAAUGGAGGAUAGUUUGGGAGACGUGUUGCAAUUUCCCGACGAACUGAUUCUCAAGAUCAACGAAUUCCUACCUUUCACCACCCACCAUGAAUCCGCACAGUUGCUGGACCCGUGGAUCCCGCGAAUGCUACCGGUCAUUUUGCCUGCUCGUCUCAACUCAAUGCCAAAGGAAGUUCUGUACCAGUUUUGUGCUUCCAAGCUCGAGCACGAUCUGCAGCUGUGGCGGAAUUCGGAGAAGUUGAAAAUUGCACAGAAGGUUCAGGAAAAGGCCGCUGCGGGUGAGAAGAGACGUAGAAUCAAUAUCAACUAUCGGCGCCACGACCGCGUGCUUGACGAAGCGUGCGACCUUCAACUGCGACCGUGUCCAUCUAUUCCGCAGUGGCUACGGGAAUUCGACCUGUCCAGGAAGCAAGCGGGUGCCGAAGUGGGAGAAAUCAUGGAUGUGUUUGUUGCCGCGGGCUACAAAGUUGAUCAGAGGGCACCGGGACAGUCGCAUCUUUGUGACAUCCAGCUGUCGUGGUAA